AUGACCAACCAUUUCAGACCAAAGAUCAACGAAUUCGUCAAGAUGGUGGGAGCAGUCGAGAGCUUCGAUGAACGCGGCGAUGAAGAUGGUGAUGAGGACAUACUGUCAACAAAGGCAGCAGCACCGACGCCACCACCACCAAGAGCACAUCCUCGCUCGGCGCCGACGGCGCCCUUUCCAGGAAGCAAGUUCGGCUUCUGGGUCGGCGUGGGCUUGCGGGCCUCCAGGCCUACGACCAGCGGCUGGCCGGACGCCAGCAGGCCCGGGCUCCGGCCCCGGCCCAAGACCAAGACCAAGCGCAGGCCCAGACUCAGGCCCAAGCACAAGCACAAGCCCAAGCCCAAGCCCAGACUCAGGCGCAGGCCUAGCAGCAGCAGCAUCAGCAACUGCAACAACAAGCCCUGGCUCAGACCCAGGCACAGGCCGCCGCGGUGGAACUCCCCCCCUCCCUCCCGGGCCAGCAGAUGGAUGUGGACGAGGAGGAGUGAGGCUCAGGCCCAAGCUCAGGUUCAGGCCCAGCAGCAGCAGCAUCAGCAACUGCAACAGCAACAGCAAGUCCUAGCUCCGGCCCAGGCCCCGCCCCAGCAGCAGCAGCAAUUGCAGCAGCAACAACAACAACAACAACAAGUCCUGGCCGUGGCCCAGGCACAGGUACAAGCACAGGCACAAGCACAGGCACAAGCGGCUGCUUUGGCCCUCCCACCCUCUCCCCCGGCCCAACAAAUGGAUAUGGACGACGCGGAGUGA